AUGGGCAGUGAAGGAGGAAAAUGCGAGCGAAAUAACGGCAAGCACGAACCAGAAAGAAAGAGAAGGUGGGAAAGAGCGAUCAAAGAGGCGCGCGACGAGAGAAAACCCGCCCCUACGCCGGUUGCUGCAUCCGCACCUGCCUCCGCCGUCGCAAACGAUCUCCAGCGCAUGGACAACUGCCUAAACAAGAAGGGCCCGAGCAAGACACCGGCGCGCGGCUUGCUCCUGCCCAACGACGUACGAUCUCCGCAACUGGCCCAGGCUCCGUUGCUGCGUGAUUCGUGCCAGAUGCGCCGUGCAGUGACCGAACCUUCGUUCCUACGCUGA